AUUGAAACAAUUUAGCCAAUCACUAGCAUAGAAAAAAAAAACUAAACGUGAUUCAAACGUGACGUGAUGACGUGGCAUUCACGCUCCCAACAGGAGCGUCGGAUGAAGCUGUGCGAUGAAUGAGAUGAGAGGCUGACAGAGGGCAGAGGGGUGGAUGAUGAUGAUGAAUUUGAUGAAGGAGCAGAAUAAUCAAGCCAACGAAGAAUCAACGUCGUAGCUUCUCCUCAUCUACAAGCCUGCUUUAGAGAAACGCAGAAACAAAUAUUCCUCUGCGCGGAUGUUGGAGUUUAUGUCAACGUAAAGAGAAAACGAGCUUCUUUUUAAUCCCAGAGGAGGAAAAAUCCCGAAGAGGAAAGCAAAUGUCUUUUGUAUCAUCUCCAGAAGCAGCAGAGAGGAUGGAGAACCGUCCGAGAGGAAGAUGUCUGUCACCUCCGAGCUGCGGUCAAUGCAUCAGAUCCAGUGAAACUCAAUAAUAUUUUUCCCUGGGAAGCUUUUUUAGUUUAUAAUUUAAUGGAAGGUCGGACUUUGGUUGAAAAUAAGCGAGUCAAACUUGCAUUUAGGAAUUGAUACAGGUUGUUUAAAUGGGAAUGGAGAUGUAAUCCCUCUUUUUUGGUUUAAAUAUUCAUCUUCUUGCAAGAUUUCACACCAGCUACUUAUUUACAAACAAGCUAAAAUUGAGGCUUGUUUAUUUUUUAACGCUUCACCAGCAUUUAUCGUCGAGACUUUCAGUAUUUUUUCAACUUUCAGCUAAAAAACAGCUACUAGUGGUAUAAAGCAGGCUCCCUCUGCUAUCAGUCUUCUCCAGUUUGGCUCCAUAAUCCUUGAAAGGCGAGCGGUUUGUGUUUAUUGUCGGCUAACGGUAGCAGCAGCUAACGGCCGUUAGCGCUGCCGCUGUUCGGUUCGGUCAUCAUCAUGCACCGACACGUUCCGCUCCCGACGAGACCAGCCGGAAAGGAUGAGCCCAAGGGCAUAACAGCUCAGCCAGACCUGUCUGAGUGAGAGCGGCUCCGCAGAGCCGGUCCAAACCCACAGCGGAGCGGCUUUAUCCCGGGAGGAAGGGAGGGAGGAUCAACACCAGCAGCAACCAGAGAGACCACACACUGGAUUAUUCUCCCACCCAUCUUGGAACCCAAACCCAGCAGAAAUGGGUGAGCAGCCCAUCUUUAGCACGAGAGCCCACGUCUUCCAGAUCGACCCCAACACCAAGAAGAACUGGGUUCCCACCAGCAAGCACGCCGUCACUGUCUCCUACUUCUUCGACAGUACCAGGAAUGUUUAUCGGAUUAUUAGCCUGGACGGCUCCAAGGCUAUUAUCAACAGCACCAUCACCCCCAACAUGACCUUCACCAAGACGUCACAGAAGUUCGGCCAGUGGGCCGACAGCCGGGCCAAUACCGUCUACGGCCUCGGGUUCUCGUCCGAGAGCCACUUGAGCAAGUUUGCAGAAAAAUUUGCGGAGUUCAAGGAAGCAGCUCGGUUAGCAAAGGAGAAGUCCCAGGAGAAGACGGAGCUCAGCAGCACUCCCUCGCAGGAGUCUGCUCCAGGUGAACUACAGUCACCUCUGGCUUCAGAGAGCAUCAACGGGACAGAUGAGGACAGAGUCACGGCAAACACACCGAAGCACAGCGAAGCCAGAGCAGAGCCUUCACAAAAUGCAUUGCCCUUCUCUCACAGCUCCUCGAACAUCAACAAGCACUGGGAGGCUGAGCUGGCGGCGCUGAAGGGGAACAACGCCAAGCUGACUGCGGCUCUGCUCGAGUCCACGGCUAACGUCAAGCAGUGGAAGCAGCAGCUGGCGGCCUAUCAGGAGGAGGCAGAGCGGCUACACAAACGGGUGACGGAGCUGGAGUGCGUGAGCGGCCAAACCACAGUGAUCAAAUCCCAGAAAACGGAGCUGAACAGAACAAUAGAGGAGCUGGAGCUGGCUUUAAAGGCCAAAGAGGAGGAGCUGGAGAGACUCAAAGCAGAGGUGGAGAGUGCUAAUGAGUUCAAGUUUCAAAAAGACGCCCUAACGCAGAAACUAAAGGAGACGGAGUCGAGGAACCAGACGUUGGAGGCGCAGCUGAACGACCUGGAGCUGCGCCUGGAGAGCAGCCAGCUGGAGCGGGAAGCCUACAGGAAGAGCCUUCGCUCCCUGCUGGAGCUGCUGGACAGCAAGAUCUUCGAGCUGACGGAGCUGCGCGACACGCUGGCCAAGCUGAUGGAGGGCAGCUAGAGAGCCUUCAGCAUCACCGACACCACUUGAAUAAUCUCUUUUCUUUUCUAAGAGUUUACAUGACUCGAUGCAUCAAGGGUACACAGACAUCGCCACCUCAGCGCACUCAGAUGGUUUACAAAGAGCCAAGUGAAGCCUUUUCUUUGCUCCACUCUGGAAAACCUUGGAUUUUACAUUUCUGACCACCACGAUAUGCUAAACGUUCGAGCUUCGACGCCGCACCGGAGCCGCCUCGACUCCACGCUUCAAUUUUUUCCUCACCGUUCACUGAAAUCGGCCCAACGAGCUCCAAACGAGUCCGAUUUCUUUCUUUCUUCGCUCGCGGGAUUAAGAGAUAAUCCCAGAAACUGCCAGCAAAGGGUUUCAGUUCGUCUUCUUUUCCUCCACAACCUAUGAGCAAUACAUUAGAGGAGGGUCUGUGAACUCUUUCCAAUCUCACUUUCAGGUAAUUUUCCUGCUCCUGGUUUGAAGCGAUGCAGGAUUUUAUUCAUUCUGUUCUUUGUCCUUUUUUUAAUUUUUCGUGUGUUUAUGGGUGAAUCGGAUUAUUUCCUUUCUUUUCGACGCAUUUGGAAGUGCAAUGAUUGAAUCCUCUUUUUUUAUUAUUAUUAUUAUUUAUUACUGAAGUAUUUAGAUUAAUUAACAUUGUAAAAAAUGCAAAAGGUCGUUUAAUUUAAUGUUAUCGUUUGUUGUGUGGCUUUGAGGAUCGUUUUGUUUGAAGGGGGGAAAUUAAUGAAACGGGGAAAAAUAGGAAAGUUGUUUUUUCUUUUGCCAAAUACUGUUCUCCUGUACAGAUCUGAACUCUUGCUGAUGUUGCCUUGGGCACUGAGAUGCAUCAACGGUAGCUAACUGACGGUACGGUUGUUGGGUUUUUUCUGUUUGUUUGUGUUUUUUUUUCUUGUGGGAUUACCUGUUGCCAAAAACGAAACGCUGUUCCACGGUACGUACACCCGCAGACACUGUUUAAGGGCUUGUUCUUGGUUCGGGUUCAAACUUAGCGGCGACUUUAAUUAAAAGCGUAGAUGUACCACUGUUGCU